UAUCCAUUUCUAAAUAAUUUUAUAUCAGCUUAUAGAGAAUUUGAUGAACAAUUAGAAGAAUAUGACAAUCCUUCUUCAUUUGACGUGACUAAAUUAAUAAAUAUUCAAGAAAGAGAGCAAAACUACAAAGAUAUAUUCAAAAAACUUAUAAGAAAUUUACAGAAAUUCCAAAGUAAUAGAUCUAAAGUAUCACAGGAGCACGAAUACUGCACAUAUUUAUAUCAUUGGCUGUACCUUAAUACAAAGAAGUAUAUGAAUUUUAACAUUGAUAUUAGGAAUUUUUUUUAUAUUUUCCAGGAUGUAGGGAUACCUAUAAAAAUAAAUAUAUGUCCAUAUGAAUCAUAUUAUAGAAAAACAGCUAUUUUAAUAUCAAAUGAUUUAGCAAAAUUAAGCUAUUUUAAGUAUAAUUACGAAAAUAUCAAAAACAUUUUGAAUAAAGAGAAAAAUCACAAUUAUUGUCUUUGUCAAAAUUAUUUUAAAGAGUGUGUUAAUACAUAUAACUACAUGUAUGACAGCUCCUGUUCUUCUGUUUUAUUUGAUAAUUUAAAUGAAGAAUUAUGUUCAGAAUUACGUGAAUUUAAAAAUAAAUACUCAGAUCUUACUAGCGAACCAACAUUAGCGAAAAAAAUACCAAACAUAGAUAUUGGAGAAAGUAAAUUAGAAUUAAUAAAUUGUCAAGCGGAAGAAAUAUCAGAAUUAAUAUCUCAUACUGAUGCCAGUUCAGAUGCUGCCGCAUCACAACAUGUAUCUGAUGUAAAAACAUUGCCUACAGCUCUUGGCACAAUUGCUGGAGCAACUUCCAUCUUAGCGUUAUUAUAUAAGGUUAAUACAAUAUUUUAUUUAAAAAUAUGCAAAAUAUUGCAUACCUAUGAUUAUGCGAUGUUAUCAUAUUAA